UUGACCUUCAAGUGCUCGCAACCCCUUAUCAGUUUGCGAUACCCUAGGAUCGUUGCUUUUUUACCUUGCCUUUACUGGCACUAUAGACAAGUAAUUCCUCAGAAAUCGUAAGAUGUAUUCAGUAAACAUUUGGAUUGUUUUAAUAUAUUCUUGUACUUUGAUUAUUCAAAAUAUUACUAUGUCUUCAUUUAAUAUAACUUCAAAUGUAAAAUAUUGCAAUAAUACAAGUUUAUAUCAAAUAUCAGUUAAGAAUCAAACAAAUACAUUAUGGUAUUUAAUAUCUGCUAGUCAACAUCACCCGCCUUCUCUAAUAUUAAUAUACACUGAUGAAAAAUCUGAAGUCAAUGUGAAUUGUUCCAAAUUUGAUGAUAAUGAUGCGUUAAACUAUAGGCAUUCAGUUUCAGUUAAUUAUUCUAUCCAAUCUUAUGGAUUAAUAUUACAUAGGAUAAUUCGUUAUAGUGAUAUAAAUGAUGAAACAAUUGCUCCUGACACAGGACGUCAAACAGAAACAUUUUUAGGAAGUAAUUUAAACUGGAAAAACACAUUAUUUGGGAAUGAUUCAAAAGAUGAUCAAAUCAGUAUUGAAUUUGAAGCUAGACAAUCAUUAGAUUCUCAUGAGAAAAUAGACGGUGUUAUUAAAUUUAAUUUUAAAUUGUAUAAAAUAAUGGAACCACAACAUAAAGAUAUGUAUUAUAGAAUUGAGAAUGCUUUAAGUAUUUCUAUUGAAUUAAUAUUAGACAAAGUGGAAAUAAUCAAUUCAAAUGAUAAAUUUUCACCGGUUCUAUUAAUUUUUUCUAAUCAUUCACUUAUGGACAAUUCAUAUUAUUGGAAUAAAACAACUAUUCAAAAACAUUGUGAAGAUGGUCCAUUGGGUAAAAUAAAAUCACCAUUUAUCCAAUUGGGAUUGGAAGUAUCAAAAGAUAAUAAAUUAAUUCAAUCUACAUGGCCUAAUGCAUACUUACAAUUUCCUGCAGCUUAUUGGAUUGAUCGUGAAAAUACUCAAGCUCAAUUAGUACGACUUGGUCUUGCACGCCCAAUUGAUCAUCGUUAUGUUAAACCAAAGUCAUAUCAUUUAAGUUUACCAUUCGCUUUGUACGGUGAUAGAUUUAAUCAAAUUCAUAGUCAGUCAACUGAAAAUCAAGUUGCUGUACGUGAAUUAAUUAUCAAUUUAGGCACUCCUUAUUCGAAACAUUACUAUGCUGACACAAAUUAUUCAUCAUGGAUUAUCAUUGCCGGCCUAGGUGAUCCUGAUAUUAUACCACCAAAUGAUGAUGAUGAUGACAAAAGUAAUAGCAACAAAAAUUCAAUUAUUUUAGCGUUUAUUUGUGGAUUAUUGAUUAUUAUUGGCGCAAUCAGUAGUGUUUCUAUAAUACGUCGAAUACAACGUAGACAUUAUCAAAGAAUAUCUGGAUUAAAUAGUAGUGGUAAUAAUAAUAAUAAUAAUAAUGAAGCUAUUAAUGAUCAUUCACCAAUAAUAGUACAAGAACGAUCAUCAAUAAAUGAUAAUCGUAUAGUUGAACCAUAUCAAUAUGAAAAAUUAAUUAGUCAACCAAAUCAUGAACUAAACAGAAAUAAUUAUCAUACUAUAAUUAAUGAAAAUAAUUAUUUAUCAAAUAAUAAUAUAUCUAAUAUUAAUUGGAUUAAUUCUCCACCUCCAUAUAGAUCUGUUACAAAAGAUUAUUAAAAAAUUCAAUGAUUAAAUUGUAUACUACUAUUAUUAAUACUAUUAGUAGUAAUAGUAGUAGUAGUACUACUACUACUACUGAAAACUGUUCAUCGAUUAGAUAUUAUUGUACUUUAACAUGAUUAUUUUUUUGGUUGUUGAAUAAAACAAAUUUUUUUUUAUUUAUUUACUAUUUUUUAACAAAACAAGCAUCAUCAUCAUCUCCAUCUUGUUGGUAUUUUGUUGUUGUUGCUGGGUAUCAUAUUUAUCCCCGGUAUCUUCUAGUUAUUAUCAUCAAUAUUAUUAUUAUUAUUAUCAUUAUUAUUAUUAUUAUUAUUAUUAUUAUUAUUAUUAUUAUUAUUUUCAUUACGAACACAUAUAUUGCCCGGUUUAAUUAAACUUUUUUAAAUAAUUUAAUUCUUCAAUUAUAUAAUUAUUACAAUAGAUUUUUCUUUUUUAAAUUUAUAUUUAUUCACUAAUUUAUUAAAAUGUUCAAAUAAUUAUUUUAUUGUAGUUUUCAAGAGUCAGUGAAAUAGCUAAAAAAAAAUGGAAACACUUUCAUCAUUCACUAUGCAAUAGAAGUUAUUACAAAACUCUAAAAAUAAAAUAAUCGAUAGUGUACAUAUCAGGUUGAUUUGAAUGGUUAUCUACUCUGCUGAUUGGGUUGCCUUUUCCAGCUAAACAAGUUGCUGAAGCCUAGUAGGCUAUUCUAAAGAGAAAUAGGUCAUGUUGAAGCAUGGCACAACUACUGGGGCUAGAAUAGUUGUUUUUGCGACCAGUUGAAGUUUGCGUCAUGAAGAGCAACCCCAUACAUUACAUGCAUCACUUUUGUCAAUUUUUUGUCGUUUUUCCAUCCAAGAGUAAUUGUGCUGCGUUUCUUUAUGGAGUUCGUAAUCGAUUUGAGGGUGUCGGUGGAGUGGGUGAUUAGCCUGAUCUCUACCGCCCGGGUUACCGCACACGUUAGUUCAUGGAUCAUCCAUCUCACUAUCCGGGUGGCAUGACGCGGACGUAUGAGUCGGAUUUUGCCUCCCAUCUACUCUGGUACUAAAUUUGAUACUAUCCCAUA